AUGCAUUACCAAUCGCAUAUAUUCGCACUCUGCAUCGCACUCUGGUGCGUAAUAAAUGUCGGGGAAACAGCAAGGAGCGCAAUCAAUCCGGAAAUACUGGCGAAUUUCGCGAAGAAUGUAGCCACAGUGCUGUCACCGGCCGUAUUAGGCGAUAUACAAUCCCGCAGAAAUCGCUCGUCUCUACAAUCCGUCCUGACGGGACCCCUUCAGCUAGAUGAUCCGGACUCGACCUCAAGUCGAGACAACAUCGUCGACAACACGUCAAACGCAGGCAGUUAUUAUCGACCAGACUCUUAUCCUUACAACGGGCUGUACGAAAACUCUGCUGAGAGACUCGAAGAAUCCGACGAAAACGAGCAGCUGAAAGAAUCUCUGCGCGAUGAGUCUUAUCUACGGCAGGAGCGUCCGAACUUUUACAGACCUUACGAUUUUCCAGUGAACAAUAACAAUGCUGAAACGACUGAAAAAUCAGUCAAUAUUGCAAACAUCGAGUCAUCGACCGGUAAUAUCGAGCAGUCGUCCACUAAUCUAUUUCCUUCUUAUCACGGCGUCGACUUUCCCAAAGCCGCCUUCCACGGAGCCACCUCCUUCCUAGCGAAGCCCCACGCAGGUUUCUACGGUUUCGGGCCUUAUGGACACGGAUAUCACCAUCAUCACCAUCAUCAUCCGUACGGAAGCGGUGAGUCGGGCGAGGCUCCGGAGAAUGGAACUGAUCAUCGCGGCUACGGUCCGCCUUUCGGCGGCCACGGUUACGGCCAUCCCUAUUCUCCGUUUCCUCACUACGGCGGCUACGGUCACCACGAUUCCUUCUACGGACCUUACGGCCACAAUGGGAACAACUCUAACGGACAUUACGGGCAUCACGGGCCUUAUCACGGCGGUCCCGACUUUUACGGGCCUCCUUACGGACACGGUUACAAUCACGGCCACAAUCACAACGGCAAUGGUAACAAUAAUGAUGACAGGCAAACCGAGGAACCGGCCGACGGCGAUCAGAAUAACUCGACAAAAAACGGCUACCCGCACCAUUAUGGACCCCCUUUCGGAAAGCCGAUUCUGGGUUUCCCAUUCCCUUUCAGUCCUUUUCACCAUUUUCACGGAGGCUUCAAGGGCGGCCCUGUGGGCGGGGUUGGCUAUCCUCUAUAUGCCGAUCCGUAUUUGAUUGGUUUUCCUUUCCAUCACCCUUACGGACCUUUCUUUCACGGUAAGAAGUAUCUGCCGAAGGGCAAGCCCGACUCGGGUGAAUCGGGAGAGUCAACGGAAGCACCAGCUGGAGAACUCUCGCAGAAUGAAAAUCCCGAACGUAUCACCGCGUUGAACAAUGAAGAAGCAGCGCCAGCUUCCAGCUCGAAUCAGUACAAGGCGUCGGGGCGGAAGGGUCUAAAAGUUAGUCUGAUUAAUUUUGAGAGGAAGAUCUGA